UAAUGGUACAUACCUAUACAAUAAUUCACUAUCUUACAGAAAAAUCUCUACCAUUUCGGAGCUUACAUCUUUUCCUUCGUCUCCACGCACAGAUCCAACUCAUCACUUCCAAAAUCACUCCUCUCUCUCUCUAAUUGCACCACAAUCGCGUUGCACCCAUUAGAUUCCCUUUCCACCUUCACUGUUUUCGCGUUUUCACUAAAUAUCUUCUCUGCAGUAGAACCAAGUAAUAGGGGUUUUUCUUUUCACGACUCAGAUUCGUGUUUGCUUCGAUUCAACCAGUGAUGGGUGUUGUGUAGAUUCUUCGUUAUUUAUCCUAUUUUGAUCAAAAUUUGAUUUUUAGUUUUUUCUGAAUUUUGGGGUCUGUGUAUGAUGGAUCUUGUUAUCGGUGGAAAAUUCAAACUUGGGAGGAAAAUUGGGAGUGGAUCAUUUGGAGAGCUUUAUUUGGGUGUUAAUUUGCAAACUCAAGAGGAAGUGGCUGUUAAGCUGGAACCUGUGAAGACAAAACAUCCUCAACUUCUCUAUGAAUCCAAAUUGUAUAUGCUUCUUCAAGGAGGAACUGGCAUACCUCAUAUAAAAUGGUCUGGAGUCGAGGGAGACUACAAUGUCAUGGCUAUUGACCUUCUUGGACCAAGUCUCGAAGACUUGUUUAACUAUUGCAGUAGAAAAUUCUCUCUGAAAACAGUGUUGAUGCUUGCAGAUCAACUAAUAAACAGAGUUGAGUAUAUGCACUCUCGGGGCUUUCUGCAUCGUGAUAUAAAGCCUGACAACUUUUUAAUGGGGUUAGGCCGCAAGGCAAAUCAGGUAUACAUUAUUGACUAUGGCCUUGCAAAAAAGUAUCGUGAUCUUCAGACACAUAAGCAUAUACCAUACAAGGAAAACAAGAACCUCACUGGAACUGCUCGAUAUGCAAGUGUUAAUACUCAUCUUGGAGUUGAACAAAGCAGAAGAGAUGAUCUAGAAUCACUUGGUUAUGUACUAAUGUACUUUUUGAGAGGAAGUCUUCCAUGGCAAGGCUUGAAAGCUGGCACUAAAAAGCAGAAAUAUGACAAGAUAAGUGAAAAGAAGAUGCUUACUCCAAUAGAGGUUUUGUGCAAGUUACAUCCAACAGAAUUCACAUCUUAUUUCCAUUAUUGUCGAUCAUUGCGGUUUGAAGAUAAACCAGAUUAUUCAUAUCUUAAGAGGCUCUUUCGGGACCUAUUCAUUAGAGAAGGUUAUCAAUUUGACUAUGUAUUUGAUUGGACUAUAUUGAAGUAUCCCCAAGCCGGAUCCAGCUCUAGAACACGGCCGAGUGUGAAACCAGCCGCCUUAAACCCAGGACCAUCUGGAGAGCGAUUAGAACGGCCUUCAGUCGGACAAGAGAUUCGAGAUAGAUUAUCUGGUGCAGUGGGGGCAUUUUCAAGAAGGAAUGGUUCUGGGCAUGGACUGCAUAAGGAUCUUUCCAAGCAUAGGUCUUUAGAUAAUAUGCCAUCUCCCAAAGAUGUGCAACCUGAUUCUGACAGGGCUCGCAGUUCUACUCGUAAUGGAAGUUCUUCAAAAAGGCCUAUGAUAUCUAACAGCAGACCAAGCUCUUCCGGGGAGCCUAGUGAAGGUCGAUCUAGCCGACUGGUCUCUAGCAGUAGUCGUCUAUCUUCUACUCAGAGGGUUCAACCAGGUUUUGAAUCCAAAUCAUCCUUCACCCGUGCCGCCACCGCAGGGACACGAGGUAGCCGCGAUGAUACACUCAAGAGCUUUGAGCUCCUGUCAAUUGGUACAGGUAAAAGGAAAUGAGUGAAAACUGUCGAUGGUUGCAUUGUCUUAUCCUUUUUUUGAGACAUCCGCCCUUCACACCUGUUCAUUUUACUCGGUAUAUUUCCAUCCUGUGUUGUGGUCCAAUCAAUGCCAAAAGCUAAUUGAAAUUUCUCAAUGAAGCUUUGGCAGAGACCCCUCAUACGCUUCUUCAGAUGUUUGUUCUUCCAUGAUUAUCUAAGCAUUGUUCCAUUCAUGAAGAGUUUCCAUCUUUAGGAAUUUGUUUAUAUACAUGAGAGAUAGCUACUUGUAAUAAAUACACAUUCUCUACAUGUUUUUCUGCUGGACAAAGGAAAAAAACUGCAAAGGUCUAAUAUGCUUUGCAAGUUUCUGCACACUUCCAUUCCAUUGCAUCAUUGGAACCAUUUGGCUCCUAAUUUUUAAACCAUGACAUUAGUGCACAAGUGGAAACGAACUUUUGUUCAAUUUCUAAGUUGUUUGGAGCCUCCUUAGGUUUAAAGUUUUUGCAUGCAGCUAUGAAGUUAUACAUUUUUAAGAUAAUGCUAAUUAUGCAGUAAUUGAUGUUAAAAGUGAUUCGAAACUUCUGUAUUAUUGUUUAGCUUGGCGUGUUUUGCCUUUUGUUAAGCAUAGGUUCCAUAUAUUCCAUUUCUAUUCUACUCAAUUGAAAGCUAAUUGUCUCCAAGUUUCAAACUUCUUAUUUAUUUCUAGUAUUUGCAAUAUAGUAUAAAAGUAUACAUUCAGGUGUUGAUUCUUGAAUGUGUUUGUAAGUAUGUCCAAGACUAAGGUAAAAAGAUAGGAAACUAAAUUUAUAGGUAGUAUAUAAACUGAGUUUAUCUAAAUAUAUUUAAACUGAGUUUUUGUAGGAUCUAGAAUUAAAAAUUAAAAGAUGGAUUGUGAACUGAGUUUCGGUAAACGUCAAUGAAUUUAGUUUAAGUGAAUUGAGUUUAUGGAAACUUCAAUGAAUUUAGUUUAAGCAAAUAGAGUUUAUGACAACAUACAUUAACCUCCAUAUCUACUUCUAGUAGUGGUUCUUCCUUUUCUCCUUUAUUUUCAUUUGGUUCAUUAAUCUUUUGGCUUUUGGUUGUCACCACACUUACAUUUUUGUGAUCCCUUGGACUUUUUAUUGUUGUGUUGGUCAUGUUACAUUGAGCUUGUUGACCAAGCCAUAUGUCUCCCUUGUAUAUCGUGGUUUUUGAUAGACGUUGAGGUAUUUUUUGAGUAUUAAUGCUUUCUUCAUGAAUAGUUAUUUUCCAAUCUACCUUCUUUGGUUGAUUUGGUAUAUGAUUUUGUUGGUUGUAAUUUUGUUGGGGUGUCUGGUAUGACACUAGGAUAUGUAUGUGAGUAAUGGUUGUCCUGCGAUAGAAAGUUGACUGCUUCCAGCCCACAAUGCAUAUUGAAAUGAGGUCUUCCACACCAUUCACACCCCACGACGAUGUUUUAUUUUUGAGAUAGACGUCAUUUUCCAUAAUGCUCUGAAAUUCAGUCAGCAGUGUGCUCGUCUGGGACAUGGAAGUUUAUCCCCAGUGAUCUGGUUGAAUUUAGCUUACUUUGAGAUUGUUGCUGAAUGGGGAUGAGGUUUUUUAAGAUCAUAUCCAUUGAGGUCUUUUCUAGUCAUUGUGGGUGGUGCUUGGUAUGUGAAUUGGCGAAGCUGACAUUUAGCUUGAUAAGACUGUCGAUCGGAGGGGUCUUGGACGGUGUUUUCCUUUGAGGUUAUCAAAAUUGCGAGGAACCUUCCUCUCGCCUAUUCUUUCCUAGUGAGAAUGCAAUCUAUGUUAUUUUGUGAGAGUAAGCUAUUAAAUUAUUGAAGGUCAGAGGAUCUCCGCUCUCCUGUAUGUUCAGAUUUAACUGUCAGAGGUUCGAUUGUUUCACUAUACCGGAUCGGAAGUUAUCACGGAAAAUUUAUCAUCGACAAGGUAUCUCGUAAGCGGUUCACCGACGGUGGAGACUGUCAAAACCACCGGUAGUUAUGUAUUGGAGAUUUUUCCUAUUUUCUCGUUUCUCGAGUAUCCUAGUACAUCUCGAUCUUUGUUACUUGAUUCAAUAUCACUCUUUAGUUGUGGUGAUACGAUAUUAGAAGGUUGAUUGAAGAUCCUCAACGUAAUAUUAUAGGUAACUGUUUCCAUUUCUCGACAAAUAUUGCUAGAGAUCCUAUUUUGGAUCUUGGACGAUCUAUUCGUGGAUUUUUUGCAAGAAUUAGGAGUAAAUUCUCACAAACCGCGCCACUGUUUUGUUCUAGAACCAAAAUUAUGUGUAUGAUGAUGGUGAGGAAUCAUAAACUGGUGGUGUUGAUCUGCGGUAUGGCGGGGCAGGGGUGAACCUGCAAGGUUAGCACUCUAACACCUAAGUCAGUUUAGAAUUCAAAGUGCGUGUAGUAAAAGUGAAGAUCAGAAAGUGUAUCUUGAAUAUCUCGUGUGAUGGAUUUUAUACGUUGGGUCAUGUGGAGUUGAUUGACAUUAGUUUAGGUCUUAGUUUCUUCGACCUUGGACCGAGAGAUGUGAUCAUUAUUCUAUCCACAUAAAAGUCUCAAUGUUUUAAUGUUAUCCCACUUCACAAUAAAGCUAGAUUUUGGAUACUUUAAUAAUAAUGUUCUUAUGUUUAAUAGAAUCUCAUAAUUAAGUCACAGUCAAUGUUUCAUUAAACAGACAAGUUCUUUUAGGGACUUUAUUAUUUUUAGAAAAACAAACAUAAUAAAUAAAUAAAUAAAUAAAUAUUUUUUAUUAUUAAUAAAUAAGUCGAUUAAAGUACUAAAAACUAUUGCCUCUUAUGACUUACAAUAACAUAAUAACAUGAUCAAUUGCUUGAGUACUAUCAAAAUGGAGCAUUACAUACCUAUUACUUUGCUGACUAGCUUGCUACUAUCAUGCCAAAGAUUACUUUUGCUCUUUGGAUAGAUUUAGAUUUUAUUCAAGGUAGAAAUAUUGGUUGUUGCAUUUGUCUUUUCUCAAAUGUUUUCAACAUUAUUAAUCAAAGAUAUCCGGGGUAAUGUUGCUUUGAAAAUUGAUACUCACUUUCAGAUUAAAGUGCUUCAUGAUUUUUGUCGUAAUGAUGCUUUAUGUGGCUUAUUUAUGAGCUUUCUUAUAAAAAUUUUAAUUUCAAAGAUGCUUACUUAUUCUACAGGCCUAAUGCUACUUUGGAAACUUUGCUGGAAAUUUUGACAUCAUUAUUACUCCACUUAUUGAACUUAUUAUAGUGAUGUUGACUUGAAUUUGCAUAUAAAAAGGUUUGAAAAUCACUUUAGAUAGAAUUUAAUUCCCAACUACCUAACAUGACUUUCAAAUGUCUUGGAGUUUAAGAUAAUGCACUUUAAUUUGAAGAACCUAAUUCCCUCAUUUAUUUAUUUUUUUCAAUGAAUCGUCUUGAAAAUAUUUACAUGUCACCCACUGCCAUGACAUUAAAAUAAUGUUCACAUCAGUGUUUUUAAACAAAUACUAGUUCAAUGUAUCGAGGAAUCAAAUUAACAGUAUCUUAAAUUUGUAUGGCCAAAUUAAAAUCAAUAAAUUUUUUUUUUUAAAUAAAAUCAAUAAAACAGCUUUAAAACCAGUUCAAAAAUAAUUCAGUUCUAACCAAAAAGAAGUUCCUACAAACCAAUAACUAAUCUCUCUAUACAUUGCACAAAAAUAUGCAAGAUACCAAAUAAGAAAGAAUACUAAGAAAAUAUACAAAUGCAUAUUUUUAACAUCAUUUGACUAAUAAAAGUUACAACAAGAAUAAAUUAACUAUAUUUAAUAGUAUAUUGUAGCUUAACAAAAGGUGUAUUAAAAGAAUAAACACCUUAAACAAUUUUUCUCUACACAAGAAAUAUCCCAGUCAGCCAUAAAAACCAGAAGUUUUCAGAACCAAACUAACAAAGAAUGUACCCAAAUCAGAAGUCAUGGUCUCUACUAUAAAACCUGUAAGAUAUAUAGUAUUAGUUUUUAGAAUCAUUGUGAUUCAUUUUUCUCUGGAACUUCCAUCUGAGGAGGUAGCAGAUUUAAGAAGCUCCCUCUAACAGGUUGAUUACAACAAGCCUUAGCUGAUUCAUCAUC